AUGCAAAUCACCACAGUUGCCCUUUUGCUCUUCGCUGCAAUCAGCGCGGUAGCAAGCCCGAUUGAGUCCGUGGCAAACGGCCUCGAUGCCAGAGCAGAAGCUGGCGCCCUGGCCAAAUACACCGGGACAUGCACCAGAUCGAAAAACGAGUGUAAAUACAAGAACGAUCGCGGAAAGACCACUUUCAUCAAGUGCCCUUCCAAAAUCGCUAACAAGAGGUGCACCAGGGAUGGUGCCAAGUGUACCGUCGACACCUACAAUAACUCUGUCGAUUGUGACUAA